AGGAGCUCAGAGGCUGGGGGAAAAAGUACAGGUGGACAUUUUGAUGACGCCAGCCCUCUCUCUUGGCCCCUCAAAGGUUACCUGGUCCAACUUCUUUCAUCAAUGAACAGACCAGAGAGGAAGCGCCAGUUCAGAGUGUAAGAGCCAGGAAUGUUUGGAAGGAGAGAUAUGACCAUCCCUGAGAAGCUCCACCCUUUGAAGCCAUGGAGGUGGAGUCUGCGGAGGCCCGGUCCCCCGCCCCCGCCCCCGCCCCGGGCUACAAACGCUCUGGCCGCCGCUACAAGUGCCUGUCCUGUACCAAGACAUUUCCAAAUGCGCCUAGGGCCGCGCGUCACGCUGCCACACAUGGUCCUGUAGACUGCGCAGAAGAGGUGGCGGAAGCAAAGCUGAAGCCAGAGACAGAACCCAAGGCAGAGGAUGCUGGCGGGGACAAGGUGUCAGGUGCAUCGGCCAAGCCUCGGCCUUAUGCAUGCCCGCUGUGCCCUAAGGCCUACAAAACAGCACCUGAGCUACGCAGUCAUGGUCGCAGUCACACUGGCGAAAAGCCCUUCCCUUGCCCCGAGUGUGGCCGCCGCUUCAUGCAGCCCGUGUGCCUGCGCGUGCAUCUGGCCUCCCAUGCCGGAGAGCUGCCCUUCCGCUGUGCUCACUGCCCCAAGGCCUAUGGCGCGCUCUCCAAGCUCAAGAUUCACCAGCGUGGUCACACGGGCGAGCGGCCCUACGCUUGCACCGACUGCGGCAAGAGCUUCGCCGACCCUUCAGUGUUCCGCAAGCACCGGCGCACGCACGCGGGCCUGCGGCCCUACGGCUGCGAGCGCUGUGGCAAGGCCUACGCGGAGCUCAAGGACCUACGCAACCACGAGCGGUCCCACACCGGUGAGCGCCCCUUUCUCUGCUCGGAGUGUGGGAAGAGCUUCUCCCGCUCAUCCUCGCUCACGUGCCACCAGCGCAUCCACGCGGCGCAGAAGCCCUAUCGCUGUCCGGCCUGUGGCAAGGGCUUCACGCAGCUCAGCUCCUACCAGAGCCACGAGCGCACUCACUCUGGCGAGAAGCCCUUCCUGUGCCCGCGUUGCGGCCGCAUGUUCUCCGACCCCUCGAGCUUCCGGCGCCACCAGCGGGCACAUGAGGGCGUGAAGCCUUACCGCUGUGAGAAGUGUGGCAAAGACUUCCGGCAGCCCGCAGACCUGGCCAUGCACCGGCGGGUGCACACGGGGGACCGGCCAUUCAAGUGCCUGCAGUGUGACAAGACGUUUGUGGCGUCUUGGGACCUCAAGCGCCACGCGUUGGUGCACUCGGGCCAGCGGCCCUUCCGUUGUGAGGAGUGUGGGCGAGCCUUCGCCGAGCGAGCCAGUCUCACUAAGCACAGUCGGGUGCACUCGGGUGAGCGCCCCUUCCACUGUAACGCCUGUGGGAAGUCCUUCGUGGUAUCAUCCAGCCUGAGGAAGCAUGAGCGGACCCAUCGAAGUAGCGAAGCCGCAGGGGCGGCCCCACAGCAGGAGCUGGUAGUGGGGCUGGCACUGCCAGUCAGCGUGGCAGGCGAGGGCUCCACUGCCCCCACCGCAGGUGCAGGGCUAGGUGACCCCCCAGCAGGGCUGCUAGGGCUGCCCCCGGAAUCAGGUGGUGUGAUGGCCACCCAGUGGCAAGUGGUGGGCAUGACGGUGGAACAUGUGGAGUGCCAAGAUGCUGGGGUUGGGGAGGCUCCUGGUCACUUGGGGGGAGCAGGCGAGGUGGGGGGAGAGGAGGUGGACGAGAAGCCACCGCAGUUUGCCUGCCGGGAGUGCAAGGAGACAUUCUCCACGCUGACGUUGCUGCGGCGGCACGAGCGCUCACACCCGGAGCUCCGGCCCUUUCCCUGCACCCAGUGCGGCAAGAGCUUCUCUGACCGGGCAGGGCUGCGCAAACACAGCCGCACCCACAGCUCUGUGCGCCCCUACACCUGCCCCCACUGCCCCAAGGCCUUCUUGAGUGCCAGUGACCUGCGCAAGCACGAGCGCACCCACCCUGUGCCCAUCGGGACCUCCACGCCCCUGGAGCCCCUUGUGGCUUUGCUAGGAAUGCCUGAAGAGGGACCAGCUUGAGGCCCAUGCCCCCUCCACCUCACUGCCAGGAGCCCAGACUUUACAGGGUGCCUCCUGAACCUGUCUGCCCCUGCUCUUUAGACUCCAGAUUCCUGUCCCCCGGGGCAGCUAGCUUUCCUUGUCAACAAAGAGUUGGGGGACAAUGGAGGCAGGCAGCAGCUGUUGAGAGACACGUGUCCUCUGAGCAACACUCAUUAAAGCAUUCACUUUGACACUGGGUUGUCUUCUGUUUUGGCUGCGGGAAACGGAUUGGGAGUUUGGGCAUCAGAUAAGGUUCAGUGGAGACCCCUGGAUUGACAGAUUAGAAACCAGAAGUGUCUUUGGCUGGCUUGUUUCCCAAUGUAUAUUUUCAGAAUGUCUUGACAAAGGGUUCCCUGGUCAAGGAAGUACAGGAUAUGCCCUGUGCCCUUCUUGGGGAUUUUUGGUGAUCAAAAGUGUAUUAAAGUCACUGAUACAACAAUGAACAAAUCUAUUUAUCUUUGUUUAGCCCACUGUUAUUUCAUCAUGGAAACUUUUUACUGGGUAGUUCCAUCCUUUUAUAGAUAAUCCACUGAGGUCCAAAAUUAGUGUAUUUCGUAUACUGCAAUAACAAACUAGAAAACCCACUUAGGGGAGGAAGGGGUUCCAUUCAUAGUAACAACAAAACCCAUAAACUAUGAAGGAAUAAGCCUCACAAAAAACAUGCAAAACACAUACAAAGAAAAUGGUAUCCCUGUUCUGAAGAUUGUAACCCCUAAGUGAAAAGAGACAUACCAAGUACCUGAAUGGAAAGACAUUAUUAAAAAUG